AUGGCCGACGAGGGAGCUUUGGCCAAUGGCUAUCAAAUGCUUGAGGAGCUUGGGAGUGGGAGUUUUGGAACAGUGUACAAAGCCAUCGACAAGGAUACGGGCGAAAUCGUGGCGAUAAAACAUAUUGACCUCGAAUCUAGCGAAGAUGAUAUCCAAGAAAUCCAGCAGGAAAUUGCGGUGCUAGCAACUUGUGCAAGUCCCUACGUGACGCAGUACAAGACAAGCUUUCUCAAAGGCUAUAAGUUGUGGAUAGUAAUGGAAUAUUUGGGUGGUGGAUCUUGUUUGGAUCUGCUUAAACCCGGAGUGUUUAACGAAGCCCAUAUCGCCAUUGUCUGCCAGCAACUGUUAUUAGGCCUGGAUUAUCUACAUCAAGAGGGGAAAAUACAUCGAGAUGUUAAAGCUGCCAAUGUCCUUCUGUCUCAGUCUGGAAAGGUUAAACUGGCAGAUUUCGGUGUCGCAGCCCAACUCACGAACAUCAAAUCGCAGCGCAAUACCUUUGUUGGAACGCCGUUUUGGAUGGCUCCAGAAGUUAUCCAACAGGCGGGAUACGAUUUCAAAGCCGAUAUCUGGUCAUUGGGUAUUACGGCAAUGGAAAUGGCUAAUGGGGAGCCACCAAACGCUAGCACGCAUCCAAUGAAAGUCCUCUUUCUGAUUCCGAAGGCACCGGCUCCCAGAUUGGAAGGAACUCACUUCACUCAAAAUUUCAAAGAUUUUGUCGCUCAAUGUCUGAUAAAAGACCCCGACCGACGACCAACAGCUAAAGAGCUGUUACGACACAAGUUCAUUCGCAAUGCCGGUAAGACAGAGGCAUUGCAGGAGCUAAUUCAACGCAGGCAAGAGUGGGAAGCAAGCAGAGGCCUGUCAGAUAAUAUAAAAUAUUAUGAGGAAUCUAUGGCAACCAUUGAUCAUAAGGAAGAUGAAGAUGGGUGGGUGUUCGAUACUUUGAAACCGGGUACUGUAGCCAUGUCACACAAUACGCAAAAACGAAUGAAGAUAUCCGGACCACCAAUAGAGGAGGUCGAGCCAGAAGAGGACACUGCGGAAAUGCUAAAGCAAUUGGAACUUAUAGACACGUCAAGCAUACAGAGUUCCAGCAAAACAGUGUCAAAUUCCACGGUAAGACGUUCAGCCCUCUCGGCAGAGCGAUCUCCAUCCGUGAGACGAUCGAAUACCAAACGGCGGUCAAGUGGGGUAAAACAACCUCUUGGGCUAAACCUAAGUUUCGGAAAUAGCCCUUCAACGGUUAGGCAAUUUCGCCGGGUAUCAGAUAAACAAGCAGAUAUGACAAACGAGUCCACAGGCUAUCCUCUGCCGAUGGAUGAGAACUGCGCACCAAAGACGCUGUUUUCGGAACCAAGUAGCAAAGAAGCUAUACUGGGCAGAAGGAUAUAUAAUAAAUCCAUUGGACUUUCCUGCCAGGAAGUGCUCUCGACGACGUGGGAUCAACAAAAACGGGAGGCUAUAUCCCGACUUGCCGAAGCAUGGAGCGAUCUUGAAAUGAUCGACCCAGAAGGGCUUUACCAGAUCAUGAAGUCGACUUGCGAUAAGUUACAAGCAGACCCCAAACUUUCCUCGAUGUUUCCCAAACAGACGACGGCGGAAUCCCCAUCAAGACCGAAACUCGUUCUUGCCCAGAACAAUCCCCAUCUCAAGAGCCAUCGGCGGCGACAAUCCGAGCAAACUCAUGCCGAUGACCAUUGGCAGGGAGCGGGUUUAAAUCUUCCAGGACAACAAGUUCUUGGAAUGGAACAUACGAAGCAACUUGCGGAUGUCCUUUAUGAUCGAUGGACAGCAGGACUUCGCAGCCGAUGGCGUGCUGUGUAA